GUGAGUGAGAGGAACUGUGUCUGAGUGUUGGUGAAGUGCUGCUUUGCUGUUUAAGAAGCUGGUAGCGUAGUGAAAAUGGGGUGCUGCUGCAGUAAGGAACUGAGCCCAGGCCUGCUAAGUGAGAGGACCAGGCUGCUUCAGGCAUCAAGCCCAGAGGCGCUGGGGAUAAAACACCAGGACAGACUACACACUAAAGCUUUGGCUCAACAUGUGUCUGACGAAAUGGCUCAACACACGUGUAUACCGGACGGACCGGCCAAACGGAAACUUCAGGAACAGGAGAAGAAGAACAAUGUCAUCCCGGACAACGUGUCGACAGGCCCCAAGGCGAGGCAUAGCAGUGUCAGUGGCAUGCGGAGUGGGGGGCUACUCACUCCGCAACACUCACACGAGGAGGAACUGGCUAUUAUUAACGCCUCCACAGGCCCCAGCAUGGUCACACAGACAAACACGGACACACACACACACAUGGACUCGACGGAGGCAGGCGUGCCACACACACACGCUGCCAAGGCCAGGGCCAGCUGUGGGAAUGUUCCAUAUUUGGAGGGGAGUGUGAAGAGCCCAUUAAAACAGAAGAUAGCAGAGAACACUAUGGAUAAUUCCGUUAGACAAAGGAUACAGAGCACCAUGGAGAACCCACCCAAACAGAAGAUGGAGAAGACAAUGGAGAACCUAGCGAAACAGAUAGAGAAUACCAUUCAGAACCCAGACAGACAGAGGAUAGAGAACACUGUGGAGAGCCCAGUGAGACAGAGGAUAGCGGAGAAUGCCCUGCUCAGGUCUACUUGGUUCAACCAGACCCCGGAGCCCGGCCAGGAAGAGACAGAGGGCUGGAGGACCCCCCUGGUCGGAACAUCCCCAACCCACCAGCUGUAUAAUAUCAGAGCUGGGGGGGAUUCCACUAGAGUAGGAGCAGAGGAAGAGGAGGAGGAAGACUGUGUCAUCAGGGCAACCCUGGGGCGGGGUUUCAGGGCCAGAGCUCAGAGCUUCUACAGCAUCUGUUCCAUCGAUGCUGACGACCUCGACACUGACCAAUCCAACGCAGAGGAACAAACAGCCUUCAUCCAAUCACACACAGCAGAACCUACAGCAAUCCAAUCACACAUAGCCAAAACUACAUCCUCUAUUCAAUCACACGUAGCCGAACAUACAGCUUCUAUCCGGUCACACAUAGCCGAACCUACAGCUUUCCAAUCACAUUUAGAGGAACAUACAGCCUCUAUCCAAUCACACGCAGAAAAACCUAAAGCCAAUGACCAAUCACACAGAGUGGAAUCUGCAAAGGCUGACCUAUCGCACAUAACGGAACCCAAGGCUUCUGAACCCAUGGCUUCUGACCAAUCAAAAACAGUUGAAUUUACAGCCAUCGACCAAUCACAAACAUUGGAACCUACAGCCUUUGACAAAUCCCACUGUGAGCCCCCCGAGGCACCUGUUCUGCCGGACCUUCUCUGGAGAAGCUAUGAGGACCCUCAGACUUCACAACAGGACAGCUCCAUCACCCCCGGAGACACCAGGACCCCACCACUAAGUGGAGACAUUACAGAUCCCGACAUACUUGAGCUGACAUCACGUCAGGAGGAGAGUGUGUGUGUGAAGGACGAGAAUGUGUGUGUUAAGACAGGUCUUUUGUCCACAGUGAAGACUGUUGAUAGCAGCCAGGAAGGAGAAAACACAAAGAGGGAUUUGAACCUCCAUGAUACUCAAAACAAUAUUCCCACCACCACAUACCCCUGCCCUCCUAACCCUACCCUUACAGAGGAGCAGCUCACACACAGCCCCAGCCUUACCUCUAGCCCCAACUCCAGCCCCCUGCUUGUGGCAGUGGAUGGGGCCACAUGUGUAGAGGAGAUGGAGAGGAUUGAGGUAUACCAAGCUGUCUCAGUGAGGAUGAUCAGUGAGGGGCUGAAAGGAGAGACAGAUGAGGAUGAGGAGGAGGAGACCAUACUCAGCAGCACAGUGGAAACCACACUAACAGAGGUAUCACCAGUCUCCACACUCUCUUCACUAUCCACAGUCUAUCCAGUCUACGCAGUGUCUCUACCCAUGGACUUUACUGUCCACUCAUUCAAAUCUGACCUUAGACCAGUGGAUAUGGAACAUGAAGUUGGAACAAAACCUGAUCAGUAUGAUAUUACUUCUGACAGCAACGCCAAGCCUGAUCAAAACACAACACAUGUGUAUGCUGGGAGACCUGAUAGGGAUGAUGUAAAACCUACUGGAAAUAACAGAAGCCCUGUUGAUGACUCAGAGCUCAUUGAUUGGCCAGUCCAGGCUGAGGAUAUAGUGGGAAGGUCUGCAGCAACAGAGAAGGAGCCGGAAACCAGUGUGGAACAGAAACACUGGCAGGAAAUGGCUGCCAUCACCAGUCACCCCACAAGAGAGAGCAGCUAUCCUCAGAAUUGUAGAGAGGACAGAGAGAGCAGCAAUCCUUCUCAGGGUUGGGAGGACAUAGAGAGCAGCCAUAUUUCUCAGGGUUGUGAGGACAUAGAGAGCAGCCAUAUUUCUCAGGGCUGUGAGGACAUAGAGAGCAGCCAUAUUUCUCAGGGUUGUGAGGACAUAGAGAGCAGCCAUAUUUCUCAGGGCUGUGAGGACAUAGAGAGCAGACAUAUUUCUCAGGGUUGUGAGGACAUAGAGAGCAGCCAUAUUUCUCAGGGCUGUGAGGACAUAGAGAGCAGCCAUAUUUCUCAGGGUUGUGAGGACAUAGAGAGCAGCCAUAUUUCUCAGGGCUGUGAGGACAUAGAGAGCAGCCAUAUUUCUCAGGGUUGUGAGGACAUAGAGAGCAGCCAUAUUUCUCAGGGUUGUGAGGACAUAGAGAGCAGCCAUAUUUCUCAGGGUUGUGAGGACAUAGAGAGCAGCCAUAUUUCUCAGGGCUGUGAGGACAUAGAGAGCAGCCAUAUUUCUCAGGGUUGUGAGGACAUAGAGAGCAGCCAUAUUUCUCAGGGUUGUGAGGACAUAGAGAGCAGCCAUAUUUCUCAGGGCUGUGAGGACAUAGAGAGCAGCCAUAUUUCUCAGGGUUGUGAGGACAUAGAGAGCAGCCAUAUUUCUCAGGGUUGUGAGGACAGCGAGAGCGGCCAUCUCUCUGAGGAAAGAGGAGGCUCUACUCCUGUCCCUCAGGACCUGCCUAGUGGGGACACUCACUUACAGCCCUGCAAAGGUCCUCCAUCCUCCUUGUCCCAUUUCCUUUCAAUAGGUUCAGAAUGGAGAGAUGGGAGGUUGAGUUCAGAGGGAGGAACUGAACCCACUGGCUGCAGAAACCUGUCUGAGAAGAACACAGAAGACGGAACACACGCGGAGGACAGAACACACACGGAGGACAGAACACACGCGGAGGACAGAACACACGCUGAGGACGGAACACACACGGAGGACGGAACACACGCGGAGGACAGAACACACGCUGAGGACGGAACACACACGGAGGACGGAACACACGCGGAGGACAGAACACACGCAGAGGACAGAACACACACGGAGGACAGAACACACGCGGAGGACGGAACACACGCGGAGGACGGAACACACGCGGAGGACGGAACACACACGGAGGACGGAACGCACACGGAGGACAGAACACACGCAGAGGACGGAACACACGCGGAGGACGGAUCACACGCGGAGGACGGAACACACGCGGAGGACGGAACACACGCGGAGGACGGAACACACGCGGAGGACGGAACACACGCGAAGGACGGAACACACGCGGAGGACGGAACACACGCGGAGGACGGAACACACGCGGAGGACGGAACACACGCGGAGAACGGAACACACGUGGAGGACAGAACACACGCGGAGGACGGAACACACGCGGAGGACGGAACACACGCGAAGGACGGAACACACGCGGAGGACGGAACACACGCGGAGGACGGAACACACGCGGAGGACGGAACACACGCGGAGGACGGAACACACGCUGAGGACGGAACACACACGGAGGACGGAACACACGCGGAGGACAGAACACACGCGGAGGACAGAACACACACGGAGGACAGAACACACGCGGAGGACGGAACACACGCGGAGGACGGAACACACGCGGAGGACGGAACACACACGGAGGACGGAACGCACGCGGAGGACAGAACACACGCAGAGGACGGAACACACGCGGAGGACGGAUCACACGCGGAGGACGGAACACACGCGGAGGACGGAACACACGCGGAGGACGGAACACACGCGGAGGACGGAACACACGCGAAGGACGGAACACACGCGGAGGACGGAACACACGCGGAGGACGGAACACACGCGGAGGACGGAACACACGCGGAGAACGGAACACACGCGGAGGACGGAACACACGCGGAGGACGGAACACACGCGGAGGACGGAACACACGCGAAGGACGGAACACACGCGGAGGACGGAACACACGCGGAGGACGGAACACACGCGGAGGACGGAACACACGCGGAGGACGGAACACACGCGGAGGACGGAACACACGUGGAGGACAGAACACACGCGGAGGACGGAACACACGCGGAGAACGGAACACACGUGGAGGACAGAACACACGCGGAGGACGGAACACACGCGGAGGACGGAACACACGCGGAGGACGGAACACACGCGGAGGACAGCACACACGCGGAGGACAGAGCGACACUCCCUGAGGACACUGAGUGUAGUAAUAUAGCAACAAAUGACAAUGUGUUUGUCACCCCUGUUUUCCCACCUGUGACAUUUGAAUUCAGCCCAUUUGAUGAACCCCUGAAGUUUGUUUCCCACGGCGAUAACUGCUCAGAUGUGGACUACCCUGUAGACGAUGCAACAACGGCAGAUUCCUAUUUGUUGGUGGGAGUGCUGGGGAUGGAGCCUGAUCAGAUUGACGUUUACGCCUCGACCCCCUCUUACCAGAUACAGUUCCUGGGUCAGGGGUCACUGGCUGUCACCACGGACAUGGACACCAUGGGGGUGAGAGGACAGGUCGAGGAAGGGGGCAUGAUAGACAUGGUGUCAGAACUGCUGGGAGAGGAAGGGGACCCCACCCUCUCUGGCCUCUAUCCCUCUCCCUGGACGCAUUUAGGGCCAGGGCUGGUAGAGGAAGAGGUAUGUGGAGGAUGGGCCCAGGGGCUGGCCCAGGGUAUGGUCCCCAGCCAGGGUGAGGGUGAGGAGGGUUGCGAGGAGGAGCAGCCCUCUAGCUCCAUGGCCCUGCUGGGAGUCUACCCCACCUACAGCACUCUUCUGCCUCAGGACUCUUGUCUCUGGGAAUGGCACCAUCAGUACCAGCCUAAAUCCACCCUGGUCUCUGAGCUCAACCCCAACGCUCAGGUAUGGGCCAAUCACAUGCUUAGUCUGGACCACUCAGGCCCCAUCUACACUGACUCCCGUCUACCAUGGCUAGCCGUUAACCAGGAAGGCUAUGACCAGGGAUAUGACCUGGAGGAAGUGGGCGAGGCUCAGCUGGAACCGAGCGUCGUAGAAUUCACAACGGUCACUAUGGAAAACCUGUCAACCAAUGGCCUGGUCCAGGACAGCUGUAUAUCAGAGGAGCUCAUCGGUCAACUGAAGACCUCACUGGAGUCCUGUCUGUCACGGGAGAACCUUGCCAACGACCUCUACCUCAUCUCCCAGAUGGACAGCGACCAGUUUGUUCCCAUAACAACGCUAGCCAACCUCGACCACAUCAAGAAGCUCAGCACGGACUUGGAACUCAUCUCUGACGUCCUCAAGUCCUUGCCGCUGGUGGAGGUGGCAGAAUGUGGGCAAAAGGUACGGCCCAAUCGGGGACGCUGUAUCGUCAUCCUCCGAGAGGUCCCGGAGACCACACCCCCAGAGGACGUAAAGGCUCUGUUUGCGUGUGAGAGCCUCCCCAGGAUCCAGAGCUGUGAGUUUGCCCAGAACGACAACUGGUUCAUCACCUUUAAAACUGAGGCUGACGCUCAACAGGCAUUUCAGUACCUGAGAGAGGAGGUGAGGACGUUCCAGGGAAAACCCAUCAAGGCACGGAUCAAGGCCAAUGUGAUGGCAGUCACAUCUUACGCUCCAAAGAAUGGCUACAGGCCCCGCGCAAUGGACUCCUGCAACCCAUACUACGCCCCUCCCACUUUCCAGCAGCCCCUCCCACAGCUUUACCCAAUGACCAAUCAAAGCUUGGAUGCCAUGGCCGGAUACACGGACCCUGACCUGCAGAUGGCGUCAUUAUCUGGCUUCAUGAACGGCUUCCCAGGAGGCCCCAGCUUCAAAAUAUCCCCCUCAUACAGACACAGUAGGGGGCACCGUGGGCAGCGGGACCAGAGGCGGCGGUCUGGCGACCGGGAGCCGGGCCUUCUGGAUGACCCCCCCUUCUUCCCAGAGCAUGUACCAAUAGGACGCCCACCUGGCCCCCACAGGCAGGGCCCGCCACGGUUACCAGGCAACAGGCGUAUGGAGGGAGAAGGGGGUCGACGUGGAGGGAGAAGGGAGUCAGGGUCCUCCCCAAGCACUGGCAUAGGAAGGAGAGGCCCCAUCGGUCAGAGGAGGAGAAGAGAUGAGAAGUACACUAGAGAGCCCCCCCAAGUCGCCCCCCCGCUCCUUGUCUCCCAGUCUGGAGCUUGGCCCUACUAGCUUCCCCCCGCUGCCCCCAGCAACAGCCUCCAGAGAAACACUUACCAUAGCAACCAGCAAUCACAAAGCAACCUGCAACCACAAGUGUGCAGUUACAUACAGCAGUACCAGCCAAACAACCACUGUGACAUUACAAGACCUCCAGCCUAUCACAGCAUUGCCUCAGAAAAACCUCCCCCCCAGAGAAGCUGAAGGAAACCAUGCCAUCUCUCAAGAGGACCACAGCAGCUCCUCCGACCGUGAAAGAACCUAUCCAGACCACGAAGGAAAACAGACCAGCAGUGGAGUCCAAGAAGCCAAGCUACGCCGAGAUCUGCCAAAGGAUACGAGCCAAUCAAACGCUUUGCGCAAACCCCAUUGACCACACCCCAUCCGGGGCGGAGCUUGCCCCAGCCUAUCCUGCACAGGAGUCUGACCAGGCUCAGUUACCACGGUGACCAGAGUGAGCUGGUUACUUUUGGUUGGGGAGGGCAAGAGGGGGGGAGGAGAGAAGAGGAGGACGUUUUUCAAGCUAAAGGAAAAAAAUCUAUAGCCCUUUAAUGUGGAGGUUUUCAUUUAUUUUAUUUAUGAAGUAUAGUUAGUUUUAGAAGCCAAGUUGUAGAACUCUUGUUUUUCUCUGCUGUCUGUCUGUCCGUCUUGUGUCUGUCUGUCUGUCUGACUGACGGAAGUCUCUGAAUUCUUUACGGUUUAAUAUUGAUUCAUUUCUUUUUAUGAAUAUUGAUUAGUAUUUAGACCAUCAGACAUACUUCUGUAUUAAUUCCUAAGUGUAAAUAACUUCUGCGGAACAGUUACAAUAACUACACUGAACACACUGGAACAGUUACAGUAACUACACUGGAACACACUGGAACAGUUACAGUAACUACACUGAACACACUGGAACAGUUACAGUAACUACACUGAACACACUGGAACAGUUACAGUAACUACACUGAACACACUGGAACAGUUACAGUAUCUACACUGAACACACUGGAACAGUUACAGUAACUACACUGGAACGCACUGGAACAGUUACAGUAACUACACUGGAACACACUGGAACAGUUACAAUAACUACACUGAACACACUGGAACAGUUACAGUAACUACACUGGAACACACUGGAACAGUAACAGUAACUACACUGAACACACUGGAACAGUUACAAUAACUACACUGAACACACUGGAACAGUUACAGUAACUACACUGGAACACACUGGAACAGUUACAGUAACUACACUGAACACACUGGAACAGUUACAGUAACUACACUGGAACACACUGGAACAGUU